AUGAUGGACAUUGAGGCAAUGUUACAGCGCCUCAAUCCAAACGCGGAGGAGUAUGUCCCAUCUACUGUGCAGCACAGGCCAACUGCUAUUGUUCGGACUAUUCCGUCCAGAUACGCUUCCUCGAAAAGGAAUUCCAUGAAGAAGCCGCAGAAGGUUCCUGCUUGUGCCGAGCGGUGGCGACGACAGCCUCGAACGUCGCAAAUUUCCACCGAAGAAUCCAUCAAGAGGACCGUUUAUGUCUCUGACAUUGAUCAGCAGGUUACAGAAGAACAGCUUGCUACACUUUUCUUGUCUUGCGGUCAGGUCGUUGAUUGUCGAAUCUGUGGAGACCCCAAUUCUAUCCUUCGAUUCGCUUUUGUGGAAUUCACAAACGAAGAGGGAGCAAAAAAAGCCCUGACUGUGGCAGGAACCAUGCUGGGUUACUACCCACUCCGCGUCUUACCUUCUAAGACUGCCAUUCUGCCAGUCAACCCCAAUUAUCUACCCAAGAGCCAGGGCGAGAAGGAGAUGUGUGCUCGCACUAUCUAUUGCACGAACAUUGAUAAGAAGGUUGCUCAUUCUGAUGUGAAGCUGUUCUUUGAGUCACUCUGUGGAGAGGUUUCACGUCUUCGGUUGCUUGGAGACUCCCAGCAUUCCACUAGGAUUGCCUUUGUCGAGUUUGUGAUGGCGGAGAGUGCAAUGGCUGCUCUGAAUUGCAGUGGAGCUAUAUUGGAUAGCCUGCCAAUCAGGGUCAGUCCCUCCAAGACGCCCUUGAGGCCAAAGGUUGCCUGGGUCUCGUUCUCCGCGCUUAACGUCGGUGUCGCCCAGGCGCAGAUACGUCAGAACAGUGCCGCUUCAGAUUCCUUUGUGACCACUGCGGAUUUGGCAGCCAUGGCGGAGCUUAAAGUCAGCAAGCCCACGCUAUCGACGACGCCGCUAAGCCUUCCGAAUAGGAUUCUCAUGGGUCCUGGCCCGGCGACUCCCCACCCUCGAGUCCUUGCCGCCGCAUCGCUGCCUCUCGUCGGCCACAUGCACCCGGAGUUCCUCACAGUGAUGGACGAGGUGAAGUCAUGGCUGCAGUACACCUUCCAGACGCAGAACCCGUUCACCAUCGCCGUCAGUGGCUCCGGCCACGCCGCCAUGGAGGCUGCCGUCGCCUCUGUGGUGGAGCCUGGCGAUGUGGUGCUGGUGGGUGUGAACGGCAUCUGGGGCGAGCGCAUGACGAUCCUGGCGGCUAGGUACGGCGCUGACGUCCGGAAGAUGGAGGCGGCACCGGGGAAGGUGUUCUCCGUUGCUGACGUGGAGAAGGCUCUGGCGGAUAACCCGGGCGUGAAGGUGGUGUUUGUGGUGCACGGCGAGUCCAGCACGGGCACGCUGCAGCCCCUGGAAGGACUGGGAGAGCUUUGCCACAAGAAUGGCGCACUGCUGUUUGUAGAUGCAGUGUGCACACUGGGAGGGAUCCCUCUGCACGUGGACGCGUGGGGCGUGGACGUCAUUUACAGCGGCUCCCAGAAGUGCCUCUCUGCGCCGGUCGCCCCCUCGCCCCUGUCUCUGAGCGAAAGAGCUCGUGCAAAACUCGCCAACCGCUCCACGCCUGUCCAGUCCUACUAUUUUGAUAUGAACCUGGUUGGGGAAUACUGGGGAGUGGACGGCCAACCGCGCAAGUACCACCACACAGGCCUGGUGACAAACGUCAACGCCAUGAGGGAGGCGCUUGCCAUGCUGGCCGAGGAGGGUUUGGAGAAUGUGUGGCAGCGCCAUCGCAGCCAGGCCGAGCUGCUCUGGGCAGGGCUGCAAGAGCUGGGGCUGGAGCUGUUUGUCGAGGACCACGAUUCUCGCCUGCCCACCGUGACAACAGUGAAGGUGCCUGAAGGCGUGGAGUGGACUAAAGUCACAGGCCAUCUGAUGUCGAAGUUCAACUUGGAAAUAGCGGGAGGACUUGGCCCUACUGUUGGCAAGGUGUGGCGAAUUGGUCUCAUGGGGAACAAUGCCCGCCCCGCUAACGUAGCACUUCUUUUGGAGGCCCUGAAGGAUGCACUUGAGCAUGCAGGGUUCACCCCCAAGAAGGCGACUGCUUAG